UUUAACACAUAAUUUGGAAUAUACAAUUGUCAAUCCUAUAGUUUAUUUAUUUAAAUAUUUUCUUUUGGUUUUUUUAUAAUUUUUAUUAUACUUUCUCUGUCAGAUUAAGACAUGUCAAAACGAUUAUUACGCAGUGCACAAGUUAAAUCCCAAAUAUUUCAUGAUAGACUUGCUACUGGACCUUCCUUUCAGGAUUUUAUUCAAUCUAAUGUAUUAAGUAAAACGCCUUCAGAAUCUCUAGUACCGGCACGCCUUCCAAGUUGGCUACGUACACGUUCUAUUCCUGAUAGUGAUAAUUAUAAACGUAUUAGGCGGGAUCUUCGUGGUCUCGGUUUGCAUACUGUUUGUGAAGAAGCACGCUGCCCAAAUAUUAGCGAAUGCUGGGGAGGAAGUAGUAAAUUAUCUGCUACAGCUACUAUUAUGCUGAUGGGGGAUAUAUGUACACGAGGAUGUCGUUUUUGCUCAGUCAAAACAAGCGCUACACCUCCACCGCUUAAUCCAAAAGAACCUGUACAUACGGCGGAAGCUAUAGCUCGUUGGGGUCUUGGAUAUAUUGUAUUAACAAGUGUAGACCGAGAUGAUUUGAAAGAUGGGGGAGCAGCACAUUUUGCAGAAACAAUUAUCGAAGUAAAAAAAAGGUCUCCAAAUAUUCUGAUUGAAGCAUUAACAGGUGAUUUUGGUGGUCAAAUGAAUAGCGUGGCAACCGUUGUCAUGUCAGGAUUGGAUGUUUUUGCACAUAAUCUUGAGACAGUUGAGACAUUAACACCACAUGUUCGUGAUAGACGGGCUACAUUUCGUCAAAGUUUAAGUGUUUUGGAAUAUGCAAAAAUAUGUCGACCCAAUUUAAUCACAAAAACGAGUUUUAUGCUUGGUAUUGGUGAAACUGAAGAAGAAAUUAAAGCAGCACUUAAAGAGCUACGUAAAAUAAAUGUUGAUAUUGUUACAUUUGGUCAAUAUAUGAGACCAACUAAAAAACAUAUGAAAGUGUACGAGUAUGUUCACCCAGAUACCUUUGAAAAAUAUAAGAAAAUGGCAGAAAAUAUGGGAUUUAUGUAUAUUGCAUCAGGGCCACUAGUCCGAUCUAGUUAUAAAGCCGGUGAACUAUUUAUUGAAAAUAUUUUAAGAAAGAAUCGACAAAAUUAGUGGAAAUAUCUAUAAAGCAUGUGAAAGGCAUUUUUGUAUCGAUAUUUGACUAUUUUAUAUGAAUUAUAUAGAUAUAUUAUUAUUUACCCUUUUUCAUAAUAAUUGCUUUUAGUUGUGCUAAAGUGAUUAGCAAUGCUUCUUCCGUACGUAUUGUUCUGCAUCCUUGUGCAGGACAUACAUUUAUCCAUCUAUCGAAAAGUUCUUCUACACGAUCUCCUCCAAUAUCUAAGUUCUGAUCAGCAUCUACUGCUGCUUCUAGUCCUGCUAAUCCCCCAAAAACAAUAAGAAUAUGAUUAAAAUUUGGAAUAUUAUCUUUUAUCUCUUCAAAUGCCACACCUCUUUCUGAUGUGCCAAUAGUUAAAUCAUAACCAUUUUCAUAUGGUGAUUCUGUUAACACUGCAGACAAAGAACUUGCAAAACGAACAGUGUAACCCCAAUAAUAUCCCAUUGUUUCUCGUGGAGUAGACGGACUUACUACUUCCGCAUUGAUAUAUUUCUUUUGUGAGGACAUCUCCUUCAUAAACAGUGUUACGCGAACACCUGGUUUAAUUCUAUCCGAAACUAGAACCUUUGGGUAUAAUGAGGAAUCCAAUGUGAUACCUUCUCUAUAUGGAAAAUCUUCAUCUAUACGUAAAUGAUGAGGACAAUCUAAAGGAUUUAAUAGCCCGGUAAACCGAAGAUCUCGAUGUAUUGGAAAUAAUGAUUUUCUUAGAUAUCUUUAUAAAAUUAUUUCAUGAAAAAAUAAUUUUUUAAAACAAAAGCAUACUGCGGUGUUUCCAUGUAACGUAAUAAAUGAAU